AAUGUUUCGUACUGUAAUGGUGGCAAGGAUUGCGAAACAAUCGUUUGAAAGUGCUGCGGAGCGAAAAAAUACAAUUACGAGCAUUCAAAAUAUCAUUAGAUGUAGUUUGACAGAAUUUGAAAAAGGAGCAGAGGAUUACAGAAUUUUUCGAGAAACUCGUGACACACCUGAUUGGGGAGUUGUCAGGAUGAGCAGUAUCGCAAUGUCUCAUCAGAGAUCAGAACAAGCUGAACUUUUUUUAAAACAACAAAUGGAGGAGUACGGUGGUUCCGCAAGACGUCAAGCUCGAAACGUGGAUGUUAGUGACGAUCAAAUCUGUGCAGCAAUCCAACGAGUUCUAAAUAAAGACAAAACAGGAAAUUCUGCUUUUCAAUUUUUCGAAUUUCUCAAAAAAUACAAGUUCUGCUCUAAUCGAGAUGUUUUUGCUCGUGUUCUGAUUGAGUUUACAGUGAAAAAAUUCGGAUGGAAAGCUGGGCUUGAGCGGUUAAAUGAAUUAGUCCAUAAGGAUCAACGAACAAAAAGUAUGACAAUGAGUGUAUUUUUCAUUUUGGAAGACGCCUGGAAUGCUAAGGAAUUUGAGCAAGCUGAAAUCUUAUUAUCAAAAACGAAAUUCAUUAAACCGUCCACAUUGAGAUCCCUUCAACUUUUCAUUCGAUUUAAUGAGAUGCCACGCCUGGAAAUUGCAGAUUACUGUAAGAGAAACUCAGUUACACUAUCUCAUGAAGAUGCGAUGUUCUUUAUUAACUUGGCUGGAAAACUUAAAUAUCCAAUGCCUCUAAUCCGCCUCCUCGAAAUUCAUCAAUUCAUUCAAAUUCCAACUUCGACGUUCUUUUCAAUUUUCGAUGAGCUCAUCAAGUUAGCCGGAAAGUCUGGAAAAACUGAAAAUCUGGAAGAGUUGAUGUGGAAAGUGAAAGCCAAUCGAGAAGUCAGCGACAAUCAAAAGUCAAUUUUGUACGGAAAGAUUCGACAUUUUUAUAAGUGUUUGAAUGUAAAGGCACCGGAAAAAUUAUAUAUUUUGAUAAAUUGUACAGAUAGCCAAUAAGUUUUACAAAUUGUUAUGUUUUUUCUUUGUUAUGAAUCUGUUAUAAUAUCAAUU